AUGUCACAACCAACGCUUUCCCCUCGGCCUUCGCUACCACAUCCUACGCCUGGCCUAUCGUUUUGGCAUCGCACAACACGCGCUUUUCCCUACCUGAACUCCAAUAGCACAGCUGCUGUUCCGCCGUCUUCGAAAUAUGUAGUCAUCGGCUCAGGCAUCGCAGGCGCUCUCACCACCUUCUCCCUCAUCAAAGAGCAGGGUAUUCCCGCCAACGAUAUCCUCAUACUCGAGGCGCGUGAAGCCGUAUCAGGGCCUAGCGGCAAGAAUGCUGGGCAUGUUCGGCCUGAUGCAUUCCGCGGCUUCUCCAUGUACGCUACUGUGCACGGCCCUGAACAGGCACUGAAAAUCAUUGAGAAUGAGAAGCUCGUUUUUGAGCGGGUGGCCGCUUUUGUCAAGAACAACGAUGUCCCUUGCGACUUUCAUCACACAACUACAUUUGACGUCUGUUUAACUCCUGAAUUCGCCGCUCUGGAACUAAAGAGCUUUCAGGAAUAUGAAAAGGCAGGCGGUGACUUGAGCCACGUUCGCUUCUAUGAGGGAGAUAAGGCCAAGACGAAGACUGGAGUACAGAGUACGGUGGCUGCUUACGAAUGGCCGGCCGGUUCUAUACACCCUGCCAAGUUGGCACAAUGGCUGCUCUCAUCUGUCAUAGAAAAGGGAGCCAGACUGUGGACGCAUUGUCCGGCAACCUCAAUCGCGCGUUCCUCACCAACAUCAGGAUGGGACAUUCACACCCCCCGGGGAUCUAUUGCGGCCGAGCAAGUCAUUCAUUGCACGAAUGCAUAUGCAUCGUACCUCCUCCCGCAAUUACAAGAAUCCAUCACUCCCAAUAUAGCACAAGCACACUCAAUCAUUCCCAGCGCUGGGCUGGCCGGGGAGAAUGCUUUGCACAAUACGUACUCCCUUCGAUAUUCCCUCCACCAUUUUUACUCUCUCAUCCAAAGGCAAGGGGAUGGAACACUGGUACUGGGUGCAUCCAGAACAAAUCCCAAAUUGAGUCAGAAAACGCGAGAUAGUUUGGUGGAUUUUGAUGAUAGCGGUUGUCAAGAGGAGAUUGUAGAAGACGCCCUUCACACGUUCAACGCUUUAUUUCCAGAAUCUGCGAGGCUGGGCCAAAAGCGCCAAGGCGAAGGUCUUGACCAAGCUUGGACUGGUAUCAUUGCAAAGUCGGUUGACUUGGUGCCAUGGGUUGGAGAGCUUGACGGCUUUGAAGGACAAUGGGUGUGUGCCGGAUUCAACGGCCAUGGUGAGUUCCUUCUCAUUCUCACCACAAUAAUCUGUCUCAUUUAUUAA